AUGAAGUUUUUCGGGUGUAUUCUUGUGGCUGCAGGUUCUCUAGUUCUGACUGAUUUUGUGGCAUCAUCGCCAGUAAAGUCCAUGUUGGAUUUUAAACGCGAACAUCCAACGUUCCUCAACUCUACGGGAAGAAUUAUCAAUGGAAUUACUGCUACAAACGGCCAAUUUCCUUACCAAGCUAGAAUUAUCCUGACAAGUGGUUCAAAUCAGGGUAUUUGUGGUGGAUCUAUCAUAAGUACAGCAUGGGUCCUCAUAGCAGCUCACUGCACUGUUAGUGUCAGUUCUUAUAGAGUCGAGGCGGGCUUCUUUACAGCAAAUUCUGAAGCAGAGCAAUCAUCUCCAGUUUCUUCUUCUAAUGUCUUCGUACAUGAUGGUUUUAAUGGAGAAACCCUUGCGAAUGACAUUGCACUGCUAAAGUUAGACAAUCCUUUUACUAUCAGUGCUUUGGUUGGUACUAUAAGUCUUGUAGCCCAAGGAACAGAUAUGUCACAAUUUUUGGGAGAUCCAGUAACUGUAUCUGGCUUUGGGGUAACUUCAGAUCGUCAAACUGCAUCACUAUCUGAAGUCUUGCUCUACACAUCAGAUACUCUCUUGAUUACUUCUAGUCAAUGCUUAAGCGAAUACGGGAGAGAACCAAUCCCAAUUGAAACAUCCUUCUGCAUUUAUGACUCUACUUCUUCCAUAAGUGGCUUCUGCAGUGGUGAUUCUGGAGGUCCAUGUACUCUGUCUAUUAGUGGUGCUACAACACUGGCUGGAGUUAUUUCUUACGUCUCCAACAGAGGAUGUGAUGACCGUCCCCAAGGAUGCACAGAUCUGUCCAAAUUACGAAGCUGGGUUGACCAGAAAAUGGCAGAGAAUCCAUAA